GCUCAUUAUUGGCCAAAUAUUAUAUUGUAUGUGUUCCAUGCUAAGAUGUCAGAUUUCAGAGAUCACUAUGGGCCUGUUAUGCGUGGAAGGGAGGCGGAAGCCGAGGUAGCAGCAAACAGAGGUUUAUUUACAAAUACAGAGAAAAGGCAGAGCCAACACGAAAUACCUGCGUUCGCAGGGAAUAUCCGAUGGUGCGCUGCGGAAGCGCGGCCCACUAAGUCCCGAACAGAAAAGAAAGGCAGACAAUAUACAAUCCACCAGAGCGCUUGGGAGAACGCGGCGCUGGGCUGGAAUGGAUUAAUGUUAACCACAGCACGAGAACACAGAUAGCAGUACCGGGAGGAGUGGGGUAGUCCGGGAUGCGCUUCGGAAAGGAAGCGCAGCCGUGGAGAGAGUGAGGAGUCCGGUUACAACAGAGAACUAUAACUUUCUGAGCAUCAGUAUAAUGGGACAGCGUAAUGACUGUUUUGAUGGGGGCAUCUAUAUCGUCUCCAUCAUGAAAGGAGGAGCAGUGGCUGCAGAUGGAAAAAUAGAACAAGGAGAUAUUCUACUACAGGUGAAUGAUGUAAACUUUGAGAAUAUGAGCAAUGAUGGUGCAGUAAGACUUCAUGAAGAGAUUGUCUCCAAGACUGGCAGCUUUAUCAGUCUCACUGUAGCCAAAAACUGGGACCUUUCCCCUCGCAGCUACUUCACCAUACCUAGAGUGUUUGAUGAUCUCUCACUAUUGGCGGGGAAAACAGAAAUGGCCACUCUUGUGAAGAUGAUGCAGCAUCCGGACUCAGGUCUAGAAAUCAAGGACAGAAUUUGGCUAAAAAUUACCAUUGCAAAUGGUGUUAUAGGUGCUGAUGUUGUAGAUUGGUUGUACUCACGAGUAGAAGGCUUCAAAGAUAGACAUGAUGCCAGGAAAUACGCCAGCAGCCUGCUGAAACAGGGCUACCUAAGACACUUCAUCAGCAAGAUCACUUUUUCUGAUCAGUGUUACUACACAUUUGGAGACUUUUGCCAAAGUGAUACACACAUCACAGUACACUUUUUAAAAUAGCAGAUACAGCGAAUAUACCUUUGAGCAAUUGAAAGAAAUAGACUUUAACAAAAUGAAUAGCACAAAUGGGUUAAAAGAGUUAAUGGCGUCACAAGAAUUCUGUUCUAAUUCAUUAAUUCUUAAUAACCUUUUAGACAUGGCCUUAGUAAAUAAUAGUUGGGGUAGUGGUGCUGGUUCAGAGCAGGACUCUAUGGCACCUUUUCUUUUGUCCUCAAACCCAUGUUCAAUGGUAGAUCAGCCAUUCGCAUACCCUCCAUAUUAUUUAGGGCUUCCUGGCUUUCCCCAAUAAUAUCUCUUUUCCCACAGCAGCACUAGUGCAGUUCAAAUUUAUCUAAUUAACUCUAAGUGGAAUUUAUUUGUAUUAUAGAGGAGGGCCAGUGACCAUUGUUCUUAAGCUCCUGAUAAGGUACAGAUGAUUAUUUAUUUCUGAACUGUAAUUGCACUCAAAGCUAUGUAUUCAUAUAAUUUAUGUUCCACAGUAUUAUUUGUGUAAUGGCUCUUAACAAAUUAAAUAUUUUUUUCUAAUCCUAAUCAAAUGUAGGUCUAGCAUUUUAAACUCUUAUAACUUACAUUUAUAUAUUUAUAACUUAAUAUACUUAGAAAAUACAUCACUGCCAAAUUUUACAUAAUUAUAUGUUUACAUUUGGGAAAUGAGUUAUCACCAUUAGUCUCUCUCCCUCUCAGACAAUCUGGAGCAUUUAAACAUGUUUAAAUAUGAAUAUAGUCACUCAUUAAUAGAGUACAGUAUAUUCUGUUAGGAACAUUUUAGCAUUUUAAAAACAACUGCCUGCUGUCACCUCUGUAGAAUGUCCAAGCACUCACAUUCUGUGUAUAAUCACAAACUAAAUAAAUGACUACAACCCUAAUUCCCAAAAGGUUGAACCAGUGUAAUAUGUAAAGACAAAUAGAAUGCAAUGAUAUGCAAAUAUCAUAAACCCAUAUUUUAUCAAAAAUAGAACAUAGAAAACAUCAAAUGUUUAAACUGAGGAAAUGUACCGUUUUAAGAAAAACAGGAGGUAAUUUUUUUUUUUUUUUGAUGGCUACAACACAUUACAGUAAACUUGGGACAGGGGCAUGUUUACCAUAUAGGUCUGAAAACUGAGGAGACAGGUUUCUGGGGUUUUGGGAAAAGAAUGUUGUCCCAUUUUUGUCUGAUAAAGGAUUCUACCUGCUCAACAGUACUUGGUCUUCUUUGUCAUAUUUUUUAUUUCUUGAUGUGUCUAAUGUUUUCAGCUGGUGAAAGACUCAAACUCUUCGACUAUGAAGCCAUGCUGUUGUGGAUGCAGUAUGCGGUUUAGCAUUGUCUUGAUGAAACGUUCAAGACCUCCCCCGAAAAAGACAUUUUCUGAAUAGAAGCAUACGUUGUCUAUACCUUUAACCUGCAUCUGUGGAUGACAUGGCAAACUGUGUUAACUGACAGUAAUUUCUGGAGGUGUUUCUGAGUCCAUGCAGUGGUUUCCUUUACAGAAUCAUGCCUGUUAUUAAUGCAGUGCCACCUGAGGUCCCGCAGACCACAAGUAUCCAGUACAAAUUUUUUUCUCGUCUUUUAGACAUUUAGAUUUCUCUAACUUCUUUAAAUCUUUUGAUAUUAUGUAUUUUAGACAAUAAGAUAUUGAGUCCUUACAAUUAUAAUUUUUUUUUUGGUUCAUUACAA